AUGGGAUUUUAUGAUGAUCUAUUUGCUACAUGUGAUGAUUAUUUCGAGAAAAUUACGGUUAAAGAUUCUUCCAGUGAUGAAUAUAAUGAAAAUACUAAUGAAUAUUACUUUAUCAAAGAUUGUCAACAAUAUGAUAAAGAUACGGCAGUAGAAAAAUUAAUGUUAAAAAAAUUUACUAAUAAAAAAUUAUUAAUUGAAAAUAUAUCAGCAUGUACAGCAACAGAAGGUGGGGAAUGGAGAUUUAUUCAUACGGAAAAUUAUGAAAAUAUGUAUGAAUUAAUUCGAAAACAUAUUUGGAAUGAAUAUGGAAUGAAAUAUUAUUUAAAUGAAGUUACAAUUGUUGAUGAUUACGAUGUCUUACAAGGAUUAAAUGCGUAUGGUUUAAAAUGA